AUGGAGGCCGCGAUUGCAUGGCUGGUGCAGACCAUCCUUGCAACCCUCCUGAUGGACAAGAUGGAGGAGUGGAUUCACCAAGUCGGGUUUGGCGACGACGUCGAGAGGCUCCAGUCUGAGGUCGAGAGAGUUGACAUGGCGGUAGCUGCUGUGAAGGGGAGGGCGGCCGGAAACAGGCCGCUCUACCGGGCUCUCACUCGUGUCAAGGAACUGCUCUACGACGCCGACGAGGUGGUCGACGAGCUCGACUACUACAGGCUCCAACAGCAGGUGCAAGGAGAAGAAGAUACACCUACUGCCGGGCUGCCUGCAGAUCCAAGGCUGCUAGUUCCUUCCAACUUUGCUGUCCAACGAGGUACGUCACUACUUCCUGUACUUGCAAGGAACAACGCCGAAUGUAUGCACGGUGCAGACAGGGUCGAUGAGAUAUCAAGGGGCGAUGCUGACACACCGAGUAACAUUGUUGGCAAAUUGCGGUCCGUCGUAUGGGAACACUUUACGAUCACAGAAAAAGAUAAUGGAAAACCGCUCAAAGCAGUAUGUAGACACUGUGGCAAUGAGUUUAAGUGUGAUACAAAGACCAACGGUACAUCGUCUAUGAAAAAACAUUUGGAGAACGAGCAUGCCGUGACCUUUACCAAGAAACCUCCUAGAGGGCGUCCACCAAACCCUUCAAGCACUAGUGAGCCUAUCUUAAUCGGCAACUCGUCCAGGACAAAAGGAAAGAGACGAUGGUCCAAGGCAUGGCAACUUUUUGAUAUCAUAGAAGAAGAAAACGGAGAGCCUAUCAAAGCAAUAUGUAAAUAUUGUCCAACAAAGAUCAAGUGUGGACCAAUGUGUGGGACAGCUGGUAUGCUCAACCAUAACAAGAUUUGUAAGAACAAACCUGGACCAUAUGACCAGUCACCAAACCCAUCAAGCACGGGUGAUGCUACUGCACAUGUGAAGCCUUCAUCUAGCAGAAAAAGGAGGAGACCCGAAUCAACACAAAUGACCGCGCCUAACACCGCGACUGGUUGGGACAAGGUCGAGAUAUCCAAUAGGAUACAAAACAUAACUAGUGAGCUACAAGGCAUCCAACUGGAAGUGCCUAAGGCUUUCUAUCCAUGUGGAUCAAGCUUAUCUUCAAAUUCAGAUCACCACCAGAGUACAAUCUCAGAUCAGCGCCUAAAGACAUCAAGUCUUGUUCAAAAGAAAGUGUAUGGGAGAGAUGUAGAAAAGAACUCCAUCGUGAAGUUGGUGAGGGCAAAAAACAAAUCUCACGGUGUAACUAUUUUGCCUAUUGUAGGGAUUGCGGGCGUUGGAAAGACAACUCUCGCUCAACUUGUAUACAAUGAUCCAUAUAGUGAAAGUCAAUUUGAUCACAAGAUAUGGGUUUGGGUGUCUCACAACUUUGAUGGCAUGAGGCUCACAAGAGAAAUGUUGACCUCUGUUUCUCAACAAAGGCAUGAAGGAAUAGACUGCUUUGUGAAGCUUCAGGAGAUCUUAAAAAGUCAUAUCAAAUCAAAGAGGGUUUUACUAAUUUUAGAUGACGUCUGGGAUGACAAGGAUGAUUGCCGCUUGAACCAACUAAUGGCUCCUUUUAAGAAUGAUAGUGAUAAUGGCAAUGUGAUUCUUGUGACAACUAGAAAACUUUCUGCUGCAAAAAUGAUUGGAACAACGGAGCCAAUUAAGUUAGGUGCUUUAGAAAAGGAUGACCUCUGGUUAUUGUUCAAAUCAUGUGCAUUUGGUGAUGAAAACUAUGACUGUCUUGGAAAUAUUAGCACAAUUGGACGACAAAUAGCAGAGAAGUUAGAAGGCAACCCGUUGGUAGCAGUAACUACAGGGGCACUAUUAAGAGGUCAUCUUACCGUUGAUCAUUGGAGUAACAUUCUCAAGAAAGAAAGUUGGAAAUCACUGGGACUCAAUGGAGGCAUCAUGCCUGCUUUGAAGCUUAGUUAUGAUGAGUUGCCACACCAUUUACAACAAUGUCUCUCACAUUGUUCUAUAUUUCCCAAAAAAUAUAGGUUUCUUGGUAAGGAUUUAGUCUAUAUUUGGAUUUCUCAGGGAUUCGUGGAUCGCACCCAUUUAAGUGAGAGAUUGGAGGAGGCAGGAUUGGAAUAUUUGAAUGAUUUGAUGAGCCUGGGAUUCUUUCAGCAAGUUGAAGACCAGCAGGAUGAAGAUGGGGAUGAGGAUGAGGAAGAAGAAUCCUCUCUAGGCAGUCAAAUUUGUUGUGUUUUGGCAAAUCCUUUGCAUCUACGUUAUCUAAAACUUGAGUUGCACGGGGUUGUGCCACAAGUUUUGAGUAAGUCCUUUCAUCUUCAAGUAUUAGAUGUUGGCUCAGACAUGAAUACUUCUGUACCCAAUGGCAUGCAUAAUCUUGUCAGCCUGCGCCAUCUUAUUGCACGCAACAGAGUGCCCUCUUCAAUUGCUAGCAUUGGCAUCAUGGCAUCUCUUCAGGAGCUACAUGAUUUUGAGGUUCGAAAUGCUAGCGGCUUUGAGAUAACACAACUCCAAUCCAUGAACGAGCUUGUACAACUUGGGGUGUCUCAACUUGAUAAUGUUAAAACUCGGGAUGACGCUUAUAGGGCAGGACUAAGAAACAAAGAACACUUAGAAGAGCUUCAUUUGUCCUGGAAGUAUGCACUGUUAGAAAAUGAAUAUAGCAGUGAAAAGGCAAGAGAAGUUCUUGAGGGUCUUGAACCACAUAUGGGUUUAAAGCAUCUACAAAUAUCUAAGUAUAAUGGUACUACUUCACCAACUUGGCUUGCCAACAAAAUCUCGGUUACCUCCUUGCAGACACUUCAUCUUGAUGAUUGUCGUGGAUGGAGAAUACUUCCAUCUCUGGGAAGUCUUCCAUUUCUUACAAAGCUGAAGUUGAGCACCAUGUGUGAAGUAAUAGAAGUAUUACUUCCUUCACUAGAGGACUUGGUACUAAUUAACAUGCCAAAGUUAGAGAGAUGCUCAAGCACUUCUGUGGAGGGUUUGAGCUCUAACUUGAGGGUGCUGCAGAUCGAGCAUUGCAAAGCACUAACGUCAUUUGAUCUGCUUGAGAAUAAUGAUAAAUUCAAAAUCGAGCAGAGCUCGUGGUUGGCUGGUCUUAGGAAAUUAAUUUUGUAUGAUUGCCCUCGUUUGAAAGUGUUGAACCCUCUUCCACCUUCAACAACAUGUUCCGAGUUACUCAUCAGUGGAGUUUCAAUACUUCCGAGUAUGAAGGGAUCAUCAAGUGAUAAUUUACGUAUUGGGCUCAUUAAUGAGUCUAUAAUCUAUGGCAGUAUUGAUGGAUACGCUGAUGAGUCGAGGAUAAUGGAUGACAAAAUUUUUGCGUUCCAUAAUCUUAGAAACCUCAAAUCGAUGGUGAUAUUUGGUUGCCAAAAUUUAAGGUCAUUUUCAUUUGAAGAUUUUAGUCAUCUCAGCUCUUUAAAGAAUUUGGAAAUAUCAAUGUGCAAGGAACUUUUCUCUUCAGAUGUGAUGCCAGAGCAUACCCUUCAAAAUGUGGCAACCACGAAAUGCAGGGCCUUCCCAUCUCUUGAAAGUCUCAGUAUUAGGUCAUGUGGAAUAACAGGGAAGUGGGUAUCUUUGAUGCUCCAACAUGCGUGGAUCCUUGAGGAAUUGAGUUUGGAAGAUUGCCUACACACAACAAUAAUACAAUUGCCGACGGAAGAGGAAGAAAACAGUCUAUCAGAUCUUAUCUCAGCCAGGGAGGACUCAUCAUCAGGAGAUCAAGACACAUUGACCUGGUUAGCUCGAGAUAGACUCUUGCACAUUCCAUCAAAUAUCACCUCCUCUCUCAAGUGGUUAACCAUUUGGAAGUGCCGUGGUGUAACAUUUAAUGGGAGUGAGAAAGGUUUCUCCAGAUUUACCUCCCUUAAGGAGCUACAAAUUAGGGGAUGCCCCGAGCUAGUCUUGCAUUUGGUGGAUAAAGAUGGAACUUAUUACUGCACGAACGGAAGAUGGUUCCUCCCAUCAUCACUUGAGGUACUGGGCAUCGACAACUAUUUCCAAGAAAAGCUUCAACCCUGCUUUCUGAAUGAUCUCACCAGCCUUAAAAGGUUAUCCGUCUCGUCCAGGCCAUGGUUGAAAUCUCUACAGCUGCACUCAUGCACAGCACUAGAAGAGUUGAAAGUCAUUCAGUGUGAAUCGCUCACGACACUAGAGGGCUUGCAAUUCCUUGGCACCCUCAGGCAUUUGACAGUAUACGACUGCCCUGGCAUGUCUACCUGUUUGAAGAGCCUUUCAUGGCGCUACGGGCUAUGCUCUCGGCUGGAAACGCUCGGAAUUGGUGAUCCAUCAGUCCUUACCACAUCAUUCUGCAAGCUCCUCACAUCGCUGCAAUGCCUAAAAUUAUAUCAUUUUGGGUGGGAAGUAACGAGGCUAACCGAUAACCAAGAGAUAGCCCUUGUGUUCCUCAAGUCCCUGCAAGAGCUCCACUUUUUGUGCUGUUAUGAUCUAGUAGAUCUUCCUGCGGGGCUGCACAACCUUCCUUCCCUCAAGAAGUUGAAAAUAGACACUUGUCCGCGCGUCUCAAGGCUGCCGAAAACAGGUCUCCCACUUCCGCUGGAAGAACUGGAAAUCGAGUUUUGCAGCAAGAAGCUGGCUGAUCAAUGCAGGCUGCUAGAAACAAGCAAGCUAAAAGUCAAAAUUAGUCUAUGCUCUUGA